AUGGCGUCUUCCCUCGACUCCCCGCCACCGUAUGACCUCGCUGCCCUUCCCGGCCCUUCGCAGCCCCCAUGUCCUUCAUUGUUCUCUUCCUUCAAGCAAUCCAUAUCUCAGCUUGCCACUUCAUCCAGCAGGUUCGACAUCGAGGUCCUGCCCUUUGACUCCGUUGAUAUGUACGGCGCGCCUAACAAAUCAUCUGCCUAUUCACUUUCGGGCCAGAUUGUAGUCACUCUCACUCCACCGUCCGGUUUCUUCGGCGACGCACCUGCUGCAGACGAGCACCUUCUCCUCGACUCCCUCGUCGUCGCCUUUGAGGGUCAGAGUGAACUAGUGCACACCCACACCGGUUAUUCUGCAUGUCGCCUCCACGAGUCCUCGCAAGAGCUCAUCACUUCGCCGAUCGAAAUCCGGCAUAGUUGGACGCAAGGCUCUUCUCGCGACCCGGCACGCUGGUUCAUCCUCUUCAGCGUCGCGCUCCCUGGCUGGCUUCCUGCCACUAGCUCGACACCGUUCGGCGAUGGCAGCCAUCUAGAGCCCGAAGUCAGCUACCACCUCUCAGCUGUAGCCAAGUAUCACGACGCCAAGCCCAACUCGUCGUGGCGUUCAGCAUACUACGGCUCCGCGCAUGCCGUUGUUCAAGUCGCGCGCGCAAAGAGCACACCCGUCAAGAUAAACCGUUACAGCCUGCCACCAUCAACGCGCCACGUGGGCGACGAAUUCCCUGACACCAUGUUCCCCAGCAUCGAGUACGCAUGUUCGAUAACAGAGAACUCGCGUUGCACAAUUCCCCGCGAUAUCAUCAAGAAGCUCGAGCUGCGCACAUCCGUGCCCGAGCACAUCUCUGUGGACGCGGAGUCCUUCCCGUUGCUCAUCAAGCUGCGCCCUGGCGAGAUGUCUAUGGAAGAGCGUCGACGUCUUCGCCUCCCCGGAUUCACUCUACUUGCGACUCAGAACGAGACCCUUCGUGCUUCUACGUCCUCCGCCUUCGCCGCUGCAUGGCCCAUCCCCCCUGCUGCCUCGCAACCCCCGCAUCGACCGCUCACCCGCCAGCGAGCCGAUUCCGGCGACUACGAAUGCGGGAUGAUCUGCAGUCCACCCGCGGACGCUACCGUCUUCCCUUCCUACUCUCUCCAUCCUACUGGCUUCACGGGCAAAUACGAGUUCAACGAGCGCGAAGCGGAGUGCGCGUCCUUCGCCGACCCGCGUUUCGAUGAUGACGACGACGUCUGGGUCCGCCUCCGCAUCAACGUCCCCAUCCGGUCCCUCUUCGUCAGCGAUCCUGAGUGCCCGCGCUCAGCGCACCAACGCCUCCCGGUGCUCCGUCCGACCACCAACGGCCCGCUGCGGAGCGUGAGCCAUGCGCUCGACCUUGCGCUCACCGUGGUGUACGACCAUCCGGACGGCCCAGUCGUGGACGAGCUUCGGCUGGUGAUUCCGCUGUCGUUUGUGCGCGUCCCCCGCGUGUGCGCGCCGCGGACGUCGAGCGGCAGCGCCAACGUCACCUCGCCGCUCGGAGCGCAUAUGGCGCAGGCGCUGCCGCCUUACCACGCGCUCUUCUACGCGAACGGGACGCAGAAGGAAGACCCGAUGCCUCUACCCCGGUACACGCCGAAAGGACACCCUCCAGACGAGCCGGAGGUGGAGGCUGCCCCUCUGCCCUCGCCCUCCGUGGACAGCCCCCCGAUCUCGACGUUCUCCAAGCUCCCAUCCUCGCCCGCACCUCCAUCGGAGCCUCAGCUCUCUGUCUCUCUUUGA